AUGGCAUCCGACCCACCGGAAGAGCACAGCUACAUCCUGGACAGCUUCGAAGAAUUCGAGGCCUUAGCCAGGAGGGCCCUACACGAAGGUGGGAGAUCAUGCAACCGAGCGCAACGAUGGAAAAUCAAGUGCAAGCCGUGUAACGACGUGAGUCCAGAGGACAUUUGUCCCAGGUAUAGUGCUUGCCUUCAGUGCCAUUCGGAUGGAGGCAACGAAUGUGCAACAUGCCCGGAUGGAAAGUUUGGAAGAUGGUGUGAGAAUGCUUGCAAGUGCAUCAAUGGGGGAACAUGCGAGCGAGAUGGAAAGUGCACUUGUCCAGAUGGAUAUCACGGCAGAAACUGCGAGAAGAAAAGAGGUUGUUCGCCUCCUCCACCUGUUGAACCGCCUUUGGAAGUACAAUUGUCUCCCCCAGAUUCUCCAAUGACUGCCGUGUACAGAUGCGGUCCAGAAUACGUGCUCAAAGGCCCAGCGGUCAGUACUUGCCUGUCCAAUCAGAGGUGGUCCAGCAGCGCUCCGGAAUGUCUUCUCAAAUGUCCUCUUCUGAGUGCCCCCGCAAACGGAGGGUUGAAGUUCUCUGGAAACGAACUGGUGGAGGGGGUGACCGCCGAAGUGUCGUGCAACCCCAACCACAGACUCGUGGGACAGAGGAUACUGGCCUGCAUGCGAGACGGACACUGGAGUUCCGAGAUACCCACUUGCGAGGAACUCGCAUCCUGCUCCGACCCAGGAAACGCCGAAAACGGCGAGCGUGCCCUCUUGCCAGGUGCAUCAAAAGUAAAUGGACACUUCAUCCAAGAUUCCAAAAUCGAAUACAUAUGUUCCGCAGAGUACGAAAUGCUGGGAUCCAAAGUCAUUGUGUGCACCCCCGAAGGAACUUGGUCUGACGAGGUCCCAUCAUGCGUUAAAGUGUCCACGGUAAUUCCCGAUUGCGAAACGAAAGGUUCGGAAGUCAUUGGAGGUGUAGGCGUCUCCAUAAGAAUCUUGUGUCCACCCGAAUGUGCGGAGGAGGAUUCGAACGUGUGGGGCACUUCCAUCUACAGGGCGGAUUCUUCGGUGUGCCGGGCAGCUAUCCACUCGGCGAAGGUGACCAACAGCGGAGGGGGCGUGGCAGUCAUCAACAACGGACCCUACUCCCACUUCACGGGGAGCGAUUCGAACAACGUCAAAUCCGACAGCUAUCCUGGACGGGACAAGAGUUUUCGAUUUGACAGACUACCGUCACUCGUCAAGCCCAGGGAUGCAAAAGAUUGUGACAAGGGUUUGGUGAAGCUAGAAGAUUUGUGCGUCUACAUCUCGAACACUCUUAGAACUCAAAAGGAAGCGAACGCUAUUUGCUCGAAUUUAGGACUGCAAAUGGAAAUCCCGAACGAUCCUGAAGAAAAACAGAAACUGGCAGCGUUGCUUAGAUCACAAGGUUUGCGCUCUGUAUGGGCUGGACCAGAUACAACGGUCAUGAACUAUGCGGAAAUCUCAAAUGCCACGGACAACUUUACCCUUACCCGGAUGUGCCCGGCAGCUGUUCUAAACCGUCCGGAUUUCAAAACGCAAACCGUUCAGUGCGAUGAUAUUCUGGGCUUCGUUUGCGUCCGGAAACCUAACAGCCGUAAUCUAGCCAUUUGUGAGGAUCCUGGACCUGUAGCCAAUGGCGUGGCGACUCCAGUAGGUACUAUUGAUGAUGUCUAUUACGUGGGAUCCUCCAUUGAAUACUCCUGUCAGUCUCUUCAUUACUUAAGAGGCGCGAAGUCCAUAUCUUGCACGGGCACUGGUAAUUGGUCAGAAGCUAAGCCCCAUUGCAUCAAAGUUGACGCUUGCGAGGAUCCACCGAUCCCCAUCAAUGGAUUUGUGACUUACUUGCCUCCCCUGAAGACUGCGUCUGCUCAAAGAUCUGCGGUACUCACAUCCCGAUUAGUUGGUACGAGAAUGGGUCGGUUACCAGCAGGACUGGCAGCGCCCCUGCCGGAGAACUUUCCAACUGCGGUCACUACGACGCCUGUCCCGGAAACAGUCUCCUUGCCCCCUGGUGUGCACGGUUUGGGAGUCCGGGCCAUGUACGACUGCGAGUCAAGGUACUACAAGCUGAUAGGCUCAAGGACAAGGAGGUGCCAGGAACAGGGACAAUGGAGCGGAAGGCCGCCGACCUGUAUCCCUAUCUGCGGGCGGUCGGAUUCUCCCCGGACACCGUUCAUCGUGAACGGGAACGCCACGGACAUCGGCCAGUGGCCGUGGCAGGCCGGACUGGCCCGGUACCUGCCGGACUACAGCCGCUGGUUCCUGCUCUGCGGCGCCUCCCUCCUCAACGAGCACUGGGUCAUCACGGCCGCCCACUGCGUCACUUUCGCUGGUACCACGCUCGCCAUAGAGAUGGACAAGUUCCAGGUGUACCUCGGAAAGUACCACCGCAAAGACUCCAAAGACGACGAGUACGUGCAAGUGAGAAAGAUACAAGAAAUCCACAUCCAUCCCGAUUAUGAUCCGGGCCUUUUCGAUGCUGAUAUCGCUCUUCUCCGAUUGGAUUCUCCUGUACAACUCAAUACAAGAGUACAACCCGUGUGUUUACCCACUGAACAAACCUCAAGGGAUAAUUUGGUCACCGGCAAAAAAGGAGUGGUUACAGGUUGGGGCAUGAAUGAAAACGAAACAUAUGCCGAAACUCUGCAACAGGCUGUCCUUCCGGUUGUGUCGAGAGACAUAUGCGAGAAAGGAUACGAAGAUUCUGAUCUACCAUUGACAGUGACAGAGAACAUGUUCUGUGCUGGAUACGCUCGUGGCAGGAUAGAUGCGUGCAGCGGUGAUAGCGGCGGCCCCAUGGUCUUCACCGACGAAUCCUCCAAGGAACGAAAAUGGGUUCUGGAAGGCAUCGUCAGCUGGGGUAGUCCCAGAGGGUGCGGAAACCCAGACCAGUACGGCGGAUUCACGAGGGUCAGUGAAUUCUUGGACUGGAUACAUCUGUAUUUUUAACGUGAAUGAAUAAAAAGUUUUAUAAAUAAAAAAUAACGA